GUCAAUUCUGAAGUAUACAAUCAUAACGCGAACGAGAUAUACAUCAGCAGCAGCAACUUGAGUGAUCCAGUAAUCCUAAAUCCAGUAAUCUCGAGACUUUUCGACUCUUCGAGCCUUGAGUAUCUCCUCAACAGUGCCUGUGAGUGUACACAAGCAAGUGUAAAUUAUAUUAGUCUAUUAAAGAUGAGUCUUGUAGCAUAUGACAGCAGUGAUGAGGAUUCUGAAAACGAGGGGAAGUUUAAGGAUGAGAAAGAAGAAAACGACGAUACAGAACAUAACGUGAAAGAUUUACUCAAUAUGCUACCAAAACCUAGAAAUUUAAGUUCCGCAAAGAAUAUCAAAGAGAAUGAGGAUGAUAUCUUGUUGCAAAAUAAAACAGAAAAUCAAUUCAUAAAGCCAACAAAAAAGCAGACUGUGAAAAUAUCAGUGCCUUCUUUAUCAGAGUUUAAGGAUCUUGAGGAAGAGAGGGAAGAAAAACCUGCUAAGAUGAUACAGUCAUCACAAAAAGGCUGUGGACUUUUUGCAAUCUUAGGAGCACCAAAACAUGAGACUACACGUAAACCUUUAAUACCUCAAACUGUCAAGAAUGCAACAGCACGAGCAAAUAUUCAACAAUCAGAAAUAACAAGGAAAUCUAGUACAAGUCAGAAUGAUUCUAAAAUAAAAAAACAAACUUUAGAUAAAUCGAAUGAAUCGAGUUUUGAUGAUGAUGAAGAAGAUACAUCAGUAGAUUUCUUUGGAUUAGAUACAAAUAAAAAUAUAUUGGACAACUCUGUAUCAGCAUUACUAGAUCUAGAGUUAUCUUCAGAUGAUCUUAUAUAUAAGUCGAGUGCUAAAGAAGCCUCACUUGUAAAACAUAUAGAUCAUACAAUACAUAAUUCUUCCUCCAUUAAUUCUGAUAUUUUAACAAAUAAUCAAUCGAGUAAUUCAAGCAAAACGUUAACAAGUAAUGUUAUAAAUUUACCUAAGGAAGAAAUAUUAUUAAAAAACAAAGCAGAAGUUGGUCCAAAACUACCUGUCCCUGAGCAAGAAUAUAAUGUUGAUAUGCAAGGUAAUGUAGCCUUUGAUGAAAAAGCAAUCGAGUAUCUUUGUGGAAAACGAGGUACAAAACGCAAAGAGAUGACAACAUCAGAUAUUAUUGAAAUAAAUGGUGAAGAUAUAAAACCAGAUCAAAGAGAGUGGUUAGUGAAGGCAUUGACAGAGGAACCUGUGCAGAGGCCAGUAUCUAUGCAAAGUUGUGGAAUUAAUUCACAAUCCAAGAAGAAACAUCAAAUAACUUAUCUAGCGCAUCAAGCAAAAGCUAUGGAAUUAGAACUGAAAAAUCAAUGGUCUCAGAAUAGAAUGGCACGAAAACAAACAAAAUCGAAAUAUGGUUUCUAAAAAUAAAAAAGAAUUUUGUAAAAUUUUUUUAUAAUUAUGUGUGGCACAUG